GAAGGCAAAUGUUCCCCCAGCUGUUUCCUGUCUACAGUGUCUGUGUUUUGUAGAUAAAUGUGAGGAUUUUCUCUAAAUCCCUCUUCUGUUUGCUAAAUCUCACUGUCACUGCUAAAUUCAGAGCAGAUAGAGCCUGCGCAAUGGAAUAAAGUCCUCAAAAUUGAAAUGUGACAUUGCUCUCAACAUCUCCCAUCUCUCUGGAUUUCUUUUUGCUUCAUUAUUCCUGCUAACCAAUUCAUUUCCAGACUUUGUACUUCAGAAGCAAUGGGAAAAAUCAGCAGUCUUCCAACCCAAUUAUUUAAGUGCUGCUUGUGUGAUUUCUUGAAGGCAAAGAUGCACAUCACGUCCUCCUCGCAUCUCCUCUACCUGGCCCUGUGCUUACUCACCUUCACCAGCUCCACCGCAGCUGGACCCGAGACGCUGUGCGGGGCUGAGCUGGUGGACGCUCUGCAGUUUGUGUGCGGAGACAGGGGCUUUUAUUUCAACAAGCCCACGGGGUAUGGCUCCAGCAGUCGAAGGGCGCCUCAGACAGGCAUUGUGGACGAGUGCUGCUUCCGGAGCUGUGAUCUGAGGAGGCUGGAGAUGUACUGUGCACCCCUCAAGCCUGCCAAGUCUGCUCGUUCUGUCCGUGCCCAACGCCAUACUGACAUGCCCAAGACACAGAAGGAAGUACAUUUGAAGAACGCAAGUCGAGGGAGUGCAGGAAAUAAGAACUACAGGAUGUAGGAGACCCUCAGGAUGAGGAGUGAAGAAUGACAAGUCACCACAAGAUCCUUUGCUCUGCACGAGUUACCUGUUGAACAUUGGAACACCUACCAAAAAAAGAAGUUUGAUAACAUUUAAAAGAUGGGCAUUCCCCCAAUGAAAUAUACAAGUAAACAUUCCAA